AAAACCACAAAUGUAGAUUAGAUCUAGUUGCUUGGAGAACCUGGUCAAGGAGAAUAUGGCACAUACUAGUGGCAAUGUUCGGGUGCAGUGGCUACUAGCAACCUUGCUCAUUGCCAUGUUAGGUGGUGCCAAAGCUAUUGCUUUAUGUGACACAGAGUCAAGUAAACUAAGUGCAUGCUAUGCAGCAGUUACUGGGCAACACCCUCCAAAACCAAGUGAAAAAUGCUGUGAUGUUGUUAAGCAUUCCAAUUUGCCUUGUCUUUGCAGAUACAAGUCUGUCCUACCAGCCUUUGGAUUCAACCCCACCAAUGCUUUGGCCUUGCCCAGUAAAUGUGGUCUGAAAACACCACCGGAAUGUAGAGUGGUUUGAAGAAUUUCUUGAGAAUCACAGCCAUUUUGAGCACCCUUUAGUCUUUAGUUUGCUUUCAUGUGCUGUAUUGAUGCUGGAGAAGCUUUUAAAUUGGCAUUUUGGUCCCAUCUAAUAAAAGAGUAGUUUAUUUUCAAUCUCUGCCUUUUCCUCACAUGUUUGCAAGGUGUGUUAUGUACCAGCUUCCUAUCAAGUCUACAAUGGCGUUUGAUGCGCUACCACUCAAAAUAUCAAGCCAUGUAUCAUGCAACUUCGAUCUGUAGUCUAAUAAAAUGUCUGUCUUUUUUUUU